AAAUUCAGUGAGGCGAUGAUUGUAAGCGUUUGAUCGGUUGCAUCUGUGUUGAGUCAGUGGAUUAUAUAUCGAAGAGAUGAGUGAUUUCGAGUGUUUGAAACUCAACAUUCACUACCGAGGAGAUGUAUCAAUCAAGGAGCAGUCGUUCGAUUACAUUGGAGGGUUUGAGGAUAAAGACAUGUUGAUGGAUCCUGAUCUGAUGACAUGGUCAAUCUUCGAGGAUUUUUGCAAAGAGAAGGGAGUGAGUGGUGAAGUCGAAGCGAUUUGGUACAAGCUUCCGCAUGAGGACAUAAGUUCAGCAAGGGUUAUCAAGACAGACAAAGAUGGUGGAAUUAGGGAGUUGUGUCGUGAGGCUGUGGUUGGUGGUGAAGUCGACAUAUACAUUGACUCCGACGUCUGUGAACCUACAUAUCAUCUUGAUGUAGAAGCCGAGGAAGAAGUAGCAGGUGAUGAUGGUGCAGAUUCUGAAGAAUGUGUUGACAAGGCUGCACAAGAAACAAAUGCAGAGCCACAAGGUGUACCAGAUGAAGGGGAAGAUCCAGUAGAAGAACGUGUGCACGAUGAUCCUAGGUUUGAAGCUUUCUUUGCAGAAGUUCACAAUGGUACAGAAGCAGCUGCUGAAGCUGGUGGUGAAGAGACCCACAGAGAUCAAGAAGAAACAGUGGGUGAACAGUUAGAGGAUGAAGAAGAAUUUGAGAGACAGUGUUUUGAUGCAGACCGUCCGGAUCCUGCCAUGGACACAGAUGAAGAAUGGGAUGCGUAUGACCAAGCAGAAAGAAGAUCAUCAAGAAAGAACUUCUCCAAGGAUAAACCUCCUUACCUCUGGAUAGCUCAGAAAUUUAACAGUGGGGAAGAGUUCAAGGAUCAACUCUUGAGGUAUGUACUGAAGACUAAUUAUGAUGUGAAGCUUUGUAGAUGGGGUGCAAUGAAACUGGCAGCUAUAUGUAGUCAUGAGAAUUGCAAUUGGAAGAUAUAUUGCUCUGCACAUAAGCGUCCAGCAAAAUGGGUAGUCAUGACUUAUGUUGAUGAACACCACCAUUCUAUUAGCGGGAAAGCAAGGAUGUUGAAGCAGGGAGUCAUUGCUAGAAUGUUCAGAGAUGAAGCAAGAAGAAGGCCUGGAUUGAGGUGGAGUGACAUCAAAGAUGAGAUAAUGAUGAGGUAUACACUCUCUGUUUCUAAGUGGAUAUGCCAGAAAGCAAGAAGAAUGGCAUUUGAUUUGGUGAUAGAAACACAAAGGCAACAAUUUGCAAAGCUAUGGGAUUAUGAGGCUGAACUUCAGAGGUCUAAUAAGGAUACCAAGACAGAGAUUGUGACCAUUCCUCAAGCGUCUGAUGGGUCAUUCUUGAAAUGGGAAUUGAAGGGUGAGAUUCUAGCAGCUGUGGGGAGAGAUGCAGAUAAUAGGAUUUAUCCUAUUGCUUGGGCUGUAGUUAGAGUGGAGGACAAUGACUCAUGGGCUUGCUUUGUUGAGAAACUGAAGAAGGAUUUGGAUUUGGGAAUAGGUAAAGGUUUUACUGUGAUCUCAGAUAAGCAGAAAGGAUUGCUCAAUGCAGUAGCUGACUUACUUCCUGAGGCAGAACAUAGACAUUGUGCUAGGCACAUCUAUGCUAAUUGGAAGAAGGUGUAUGGGGACUAUUGUCAUGAGAGUUACUUCUGGGCAAUUGCUUACAGUUCAACAGAAGGUGUUUACACUUAUAACAUGGCAGCUUUGAAAAGCUAUGAUCCACUUACACAUGAGGAUUUGCUGAAAACAGAGCCAAGUACUUGGACAAUCAAAGAUGCUAGGAAGAAGCCUGUGCUAAAUAUGCUUGAAGAUGUUAGGAGACUAGCAAUGAAGCGUAUAUCUAAGAGACGUGAUAAGACUGCCAAAUGUAAGUCUAAGUUUCCACCGCAUAUAAUAGGGAUACUUGAAGCAAAUCGCAAGUCAGCCAAGUUCUGUUCUGUCCUCAAGAGUAGUGAGAACAUAUAUGAGGUGAUGGAGGGUAGUGGAAGCUUCAGUGUCAAUCUUCGAGAUAAGACUUGUGCUUGCAACCAAUGGAAUCUCACUGGCAUACCUUGUCCACAUGCAAUCUAUGUCAUAACAGAACACAACCGUGAUCCAGAAAAAAAGAAGAGAGGGCGUCCUAAGAAGUUUGCUAGGAUACUGGAACCAGGAGAAUCAGCAACUAAUCCUACAAAGGCUACAAGAGAAGGAGGCACUGUGAGUUGUUCAAACUGUAAGCAGUCAAGGCAUAAUAAAGGAACAUGCAAAAAUGCUAGUGUACAAGCAGCUCCUCCACGCAAAAGAGGCAGACCAAGGAAAUGUCUUGAUAAUGAUGAUCCAUGGAGCAUUAACAAUGCUCCAAAGAGGUGGCAGCAAGCUCAAAGCCAGUCCACACCAUCUGGUUCUCAAAGUCAGUCCACACAAGUACCUCAACAUUCAAGUGCUCCAGCAGCUAAUCCAAGUGGUAGGGGACGUGCUCGUGGACGCCCUCCAGGAACUAAGAAUGGUGAAGGCAAGGGUCGUGGCAAAGGUGCUGGCAAAGAUGAAGCUCUUAAACCGCCUGUUUUCUUUAUGUCCCCAUGGACUGACAAAGUGUUUGAUGUUUGGCAGCCUGACAAGAAAUAGGCUGAUCUUAUUGAUGUCUUUUAGGAUCUUUCUGAUGUAGGAUUAGGCUUAUGUAGGAUGAUAUGAUAUGUAGGAUGAUGCUUAAGUUGGAUGAUGUUUGUUUUGGUGGGAUCCUUGUAUGUUUUUGGUGGGAUCCUUAUGACUAAACGACUCUUUUUGGC